AUGGGACGGACCAUCGAUCAAGACGUUCACGCGGCGUUUGUCGAGUUCAAAGCCAAAGAGGACGAUAAAUGCAUGUCGGUGCAGUGCAUCUAUUGUCAACAAAUCCGUGCAAAGAACACCUCCCGUCAAAAACAACACCUGCUCGAGUGUCCCGGCCUACAAAACCAUCCCAAUGCCCCUCGUCCUCAGUCCUCCGGUGAUGGCAUGGGCACUACCUCCAAUGGCUUCGGCACUCCUAACAAUCUACAACACACAAAUGGUGCCAUGAGCAAUGGCUUGCCUACUCACACCACCCCCAUGCAGACUAUUCCAAAUGGUACCUCGUCCAUGGCCUCUCAGACCCCCCAAGGGCCAAGUUCGACUCCCCUACAACGCACCACUCCAAAGCCACAGAAGACUCCCAAGAACACUCCGGGUUCGAACCUACCAGCACCCCCUCUCGACGAUGUCCACGCUGCCUUUGUGGAAUUCCGAGCCAAAGACGAGGACAAGUGUCUGUCGGUCCAAUGCAUUUACUGCAAUCAGAUCCGUGCAAAGAACACUUCCAGACAGCGACAACAUCUGUUGGAAUGUGCCACAUACCAGAACGUCAUGAAGGAAUCAAUACCUGCCAACAAUCUACUUCAUCGUUUUGACGAGGGAGAUGUUGCUCGUUCUCUUCAGAUACCUGCUCCAACCCUUGAGUUGGACUUCCGCAUUAGCAUCAAGCUCAAUCCAAAGAUAUCGGUCGGUUCUGCAUUGUACGGACAUCGCGAUUGGGUCAGUAUUGUGGGAGGACAAUGGGCAGGAAGAUGGGGCAAAGGCAUCAUCAUUCCCGGAGGCCAAGACAACCAACUGGUCGUCCGAGAUCUCGCCACGCGCAUCGAUGCCACAUAUCUCCUGCAGACCAACGAUGAUCCCCCAGCAUACAUCACCGCGAGAUCAAAGGGCUGGCGGACUGGCAACAAAGAAGUCCUUGAACGCUUAAAUGACAACAUCCAAGCAGAUCAAGUUCCUGCCAAUCAGUACAAGUUCCGGAUGUCCAUCGAGCUUGAGACCGGCGACGAGAGAUACACCUUCUUAAAUGCUUGCAUGUGGAUUGGAAGUGGGUGUCGACGCUCGGGUGAAGUCAUCUACGAUGCUUAUCGCGUCAGCUAG